AUGCAGGAGUUGGAGCUCGACUGCCUGGUUAGGCCUCAGCAGGAGAGGAUGUGUCUAGUCCUGCUGGGACUAGAUGACCCAGGGUGGAGUGGUAACCUUGAGGAGAAGGCCCUUCUCCUUCUGGGACUGAACCCGGUCUCCACAUCCCUCCAGGAUCAGCACUGUGAGAGCCAGUCUCUGGCCAGCAAUGUCUCUGGCCUGCAGUGCAAUGCCUCCGUGGACCUCAUUGGCACCUGCUGGCCCAGGAGCCCUGCGGGACAGUUGGUGGUUCGACCCUGCCCUGCCUUUUUCUACGGUGUCCGCUACAACACCACAAACAAUGGCUACCGGGAGUGUCUGGCCAAUGGCAGCUGGGCAGCCCGUGUGAAUUAUUCUGAGUGCCAGGAGAUUCUCAACGAAGAGAAGAAGAGCAAAGUGCACUACCACAUUGCCAUCAUCAUCAACUACCUGGGCCACUGCAUCUCCCUGGUGGCCCUCCUGGUGGCCUUUGUCCUCUUCUUGCGGCUCAGGAGCAUCCGGUGCCUGAGAAACAUCAUCCACUGGAACCUCAUCUCGGCUUUCAUCCUGCGCAACGCCACGUGGUUUGUGGUCCAGCUCACCGUAAGCCCUGAGGUCCACCAGAGCAACGUGGCCUGGUGCAGGCUGGUGACAGCCGCCUACAACUACUUCCAUGUAACCAACUUCUUCUGGAUGUUCGGUGAGGGUUGCUACCUGCACACAGCCAUUGUGCUCACGUACUCCACCGACCGUCUGCGCAAGUGGAUGUUCAUCUGCAUCGGCUGGGGUGUGCCUUUCCCCAUCAUUGUGGCGUGGGCCAUUGGGAAGCUUUACUACGACAAUGAAAAGUGCUGGUUUGGCAAACGUCCUGGAGUAUACACUGACUACAUCUACCAGGGCCCCAUGAUCCUUGUCCUGCUGAUCAACUUUAUCUUCCUCUUCAACAUUGUCCGCAUCCUCAUGACCAAACUCCGGGCGUCCACCACAUCUGAGACUAUUCAGUACAGGAAGGCUGUGAAGGCCACUCUGGUGCUCCUGCCCCUCCUGGGUAUCACCUACAUGUUGUUCUUCGUCAACCCUGGAGAGGACGAGGCCUCCAGGGUUGUCUUCAUCUACUUCAACUCUUUCCUGGAGUCCUUUCAGGGCUUCUUCGUGUCUGUGUUCUACUGUUUUCUGAACAGUGAGGUCCGCUCUGCCGUCCGGAAGAGGUGGCGUCGGUGGCAGGACAAGCACUCCAUCAGAGCCCGCGUGGCUCGUGCCAUGUCUAUCCCCACCUCCCCCACCAGAGUCAGUUUUCACAGCAUCAAGCAGUCCACAGCGGUGUGA